CGUAGGAAUGAGCAGCCCCUGACUCAGGUUUUAAAAUAACUAUCGGUCUUUGAGAGAAGAGGCUCUGCCAAGGGCGCGAUCUUCCUGCUGGGGUAUCCGAUCCGAGGGACCGAGCGGUCAGCAUCGCGUUGGCACCCCUAUGCAUAUAUUUUUGAACCCGUCCUCUCAAGAAAAAUCCACAGGAGUGAAACUUCGAUGAGCCUGGCGCCCUGGCAGAUGCACAGUGGGCGCUGCUAAGCCGGGGACGUCCGAACAAGAAAGGGGCCGGUGCCGGGAGGACUCCCCGGCCGCCAACGCUUAGCGCUGGAGCCACGCGCAGUGACGCGGAACGGGGCUGGAACUUCAGGUUCCUUGAAAGAUCCCUGGUGUUCUCAGCCAGGAUCCUCCGCCCUUCCAGGGCCCCGGGCGCAGGGGACCCAGGCUGGGCCGGACCCGGACCCGGCUAGAGCGCAGAGCCGGCCAGUCCCCGCCGGACGGCGGCGCUUCUCGCCCCGGUUUUCCGCACCCUUGUAAGGGGGUGGGCGGGGCUGUGCGCGGCAGACGCCUUCUGAUUGGCCGGUGGCCUCAGUGAUUGGCAGCGCCCCGGCCCCACCCACGCGGCUUUAUUGACACUAAUGAGCAAGUUCUUCCCCCUCUCUCCUGCCUGGAAGUGCUGACAGAUCAAGGCAACAAAUUUCAAUUACAAUCCCUAACUUGUGUCCGCGGAGUGUUUUUACCCCUGUGCGUCCUCUCUGGCGCAUCAGUCCAGGCGGAUCUCGGGGCAGCAGGCGGAAGCGGGGCGGGUGGGAGCGCCCGGGGCGCGCGGCCGCGGGGAGGCUCGGCGGGCGGAGAAGCCGGGAGUCGGCGUUGGGCCCGCGGCGGCCCGGGCCGCGCGGCUCUCGGGGACAGGGCCGCUCGGGGAGCGGGGCGCCAGCGGGUCGUGCGCGCAGGGCGCGAUGGCCGAGAAGCGGCGCGGCUCCCCGGGCGGCGCGCUCAGCCUGCGGGCGCACGCCUUCUCUGUGGAGGCGCUCAUCGGCGCGGAGCGGCAGCAGCUCCACCAGAAGCGGCGCAAGGUGGGCGCGGAGGAGGCGGCGGGAGCAGCGGACGACGGAGGCUGCAGCCGCGGCUGCGCGGGCGAAAACGGCUGCUCGGAGGGGGACGACUGUGCGGCGCCCCAGCAGGCGGACCCGGAGCGAGGGGCUGCGGGCGGCGGUGAGGACGGUUUCCUUCAGGGCGCUUCCCCGCUGGCGUCCCCGGCAGGCUCCCCGAAGGGGUCUCCGGCGCCCUCGCUGGCCCCGCCCGGGACCCCUCUGCCCUCGCCCCAGGCCCCGCGCGUGGACCUGCAGGGAGCCGAGCUCUGGAAGCGCUUUCACGAGAUCGGUACGGAGAUGAUCAUCACCAAGGCGGGCAGGCGUAUGUUUCCAGCCAUGAGAGUGAAGAUCUCCGGGCUAGACCCCCACCAGCAGUAUUACAUAGCCAUGGACAUCGUGCCUGUGGACAACAAAAGAUACAGGUACGUGUACCACAGCUCCAAGUGGAUGGUGGCCGGGAACGCUGACUCGCCGGUGCCGCCGCGCGUGUACAUCCACCCGGACUCGCCUGCCUCGGGGGAGACCUGGAUGAGACAAGUGAUCAGCUUCGACAAGCUGAAGCUCACCAACAACGAGCUGGACGACCAGGGCCACAUUAUUCUGCACUCCAUGCACAAGUACCAGCCUCGAGUGCAUGUAGCCCGCAAGGACUGUGGGGAUGACCUUUCUCCCAUCAAGCCCAUUCCGUCUGGGGAGGGUGUGAAGGCAUUCUCGUUUCCAGAAACUGUCUUCACAACUGUCACUGCCUAUCAGAACCAGCAGAUUACUCGCUUGAAGAUAGACAGGAAUCCAUUUGCCAAAGGCUUCCGGGACUCUGGGCGUAACAGAAUGGGUUUGGAAGCGCUCGUGGAGUCAUAUGCGUUCUGGCGACCUUCACUACGGACGCUCACCUUUGAAGAUAUCCCUGGAAUUCCCAAGCAAGGCACCUCGGGUUCCUCCGCCCUACUGCAGAGUUCCGGGAGCGGCGUGCCCGCCACCCACCCCCACCUGCUGCCGGGCUCCUCCUGCUCCUCCCCAGCCUUCCACCUGGGGCCCAGCACCGGCCAGAUGUGCAGCCUGGCCCCGGCCGACUACCCCGCCUGCGCCCGCCCGGGCCUGGCGCUCAACCGCUACGGCUCGUCGCUGGCCGAGACCUACAGCCGGCUGUCCAGCCAGGCCGGGGACGCCUUCGCCCCGCCCAGGACUCCGGCCUACGUGGGCGUGGGCGGCAACUCCUCAGUGAACGUGGCUGUGGGUGGCGCGGAUGGGGACACCUUUAGCUGCCCGCAGACCAGCCUGUCCAUGCAGAUUUCGGGGAUGUCCCCCCAGCUGCAGUACAUCAUGCCCUCGCCCCCCAGCAACGCCUUUGCGGGCAGCCAGACCCCGCAGGGCUCCUACGGCACAUUCCGGCUGCACAGCCCCUGCGCCCUGUACGGCUACAACUUCCCCACCUCCCCCAAGCUGGCCACCAGCCCUGAGAAGGCGGCCUCGUCCCAGGGGAGCUUCCUGGGCUCCUCGCCGAGCGGGACCACGACCGACAGGCACAUGCUGGCCCCCGUGGAGGGCGUGCACCUGCUGGGCGGGGGCAGCCAGCAGAGCUUCUUGGACUCGAGGACCCUGGGGAGCUUAACUCUGUCCUCACAAGUGUCUGCGCAUAUGGUCUGACUGGUGACCCGCGUGCUCGUCUACCUGAGGCGUUCCCCUCCCUUGUCUGGCUUCUUUUUAAAAAAGCAACAUCGAGAGAACGUAUCUGCAGCUUAUAAAAUGUACAAGUAACGGAAAGUGAAGCUGCCGUCCGUCUCUCAAGCAGACGGCGUCUCUGGUGUGGGUGGGCGCUGUGGGGACGCAGCCGGGGGUGUCGCUGCCUGUUUCCCGGGUCCCCCACAGUACGUUUAACCGCAGUCCUCUGACCCCUUUAGAAACAAAAAGGUAAACUUGGCAACGAUACUCACCAGAUGAAGACUUAUAACUUAAUUUAUCAGAAAAAUGCUCUGAGCAGUUUUAUACUUGCGUGUUGGUGACCAGCAGGGACCAGCCUGCACGCUCGUGAUUUCUGUCCCUGUUGGACACGGUGUCAGAGCCUCGAAUACAAAGGCCAGCUGAGGGCUCAGCGUUAGCUCCGAGGUACUGGUAAUCAUGAAGGAUUAGCUUUUCAUUCUGCUUGUUCUUACCACAGGUACUGUAUGACUUUGGGUCUUUAAAAGCCGUAGCCCAUAAUUACUGUCACUUUCUUAGGGAAGGCGGAAGACACCUGUGAUUCUUUUUUUCAUUUUCCGUUGGCCGUAUAUGAGGUACUUAUUUAUCUGCAGAGAAUAAAUUUCCAGUAUUUUGGAUUUGGGGCUCCUUUUAUUUGGUUUAUCAAAUAGGCUUUUAAAGAAUGUUCUAUAAACAUUUUCAAAUUCAGCUUUUGCCAGGGAAGGGAGAUAUGGCAUGGCCAGAAUGGCAGAAAGAGAAUAAAUCCACCUCAAAUUCUUUGAUUGUGGUGAGAAAUGUCUGUCUAAGAAGAGGAACAGUGUUGUCACCUGUCCCUCAGGUUCGUAUGUUUGGUUUUUCAUUUAAGAUAUUUUUCCCAUCUUGCUUUGAGCUUCUUGACCCAUGGUAUAUGAGUAAGGAAAAGUACAUUCAUACUAUUUAUUUAACUCUUACAAAUUGAAACCUCCCUGUCCUUUGCCUUAUCCUUGAGUCUUCCCCCAAAGCAGAUCCUGGGCCUUUACGGUGCUAAAUAACUCUGUAAGGAAUUUCAAGAGGGUGUCUCCAGCUAUCUGUCUUUGUGGGUUAUAGUGCAAAGGCCAAAGAUCAUUACUCUGUAGCCCUCUUGGAGGACUAGGGAGGAAGAUACUAAUUACAAUAAAGGGACUAUAAAACUUUUAACCUCAACAGCAUUUUUAACUGUGGAACUGGAGAAAUGAAGACAGCAUCAUUAUUUUUUUUAAAUCCCUAAAAUAGUUACACAUAGCUGCAGAGUUAAAAACAAGUAACUUUGAUAGCUAACCUUACAAGAUAAAGAGAAAAGGCUAAGAAUACAUUGUAGCCCUCCUGGUGGGGAAAGUAAGACCAUGUAUGUAUCUGUACAUCAAACCAUUACAUUUCAUGCGUUUGACAGCACAAAGAUGUAAUUUCCUUUCAUUGCCAAACACAAUUGCUUUAACUCAUUCCUAGUUUAGCUGGGAAAGGGUGUGGCUCCUGACUUGCUGGUUUAUCUUAAAAUAGCCCAGCUGCCGGGUGUGGAAGGCGAGACACUGUGUGACAGAGCCUGCACAGGAUGGGACGCUGUGUGACAGAGUCUGCACAGGACGGGACUCUGUUACUAGAUAUUGACAGAUUUCUUCUUGGGUUCUGCUGCAGUUCAUCAAAUUAGUACUGAUUCUUCCAUUUAAAUUACCAUGAAGGGAAAUGAAAUAUUUGCAGUAGCCAUAUCUAUAAAAAAUGGUUGAGUAUAGUAUUAACAACUUGAUAAUUGGGAAAAGGCUUUGAGAGUGAGUGAGUGGCAUAAUUCAGGGGAAGGCAUGGAGAGUGAUGAUUCAUGCUCCCACGUAUUAGUAAGGAGAGCAUUUCCCUUUUCGCUUUUUGUAAUUUGAGAUGAUACCACAAUAUGAGUGGAAAUUUUUAUUAAUCUUUUUUUUUGGUAAAAUUCAGCAAUAUUGUAAAAAAGCUGUUUCCUUUAGGUUUUAUUGUAAAUAUUAAUCACCAGGUCACUUCAAAGACUAGCCUUUUAUUGUAUUAAAUGACAUACAUACAUUGAUAAUUAUAAUUAUAUAACUGUAUUUUAUUAAAAAAUGCUUAAGAAAUUAUAUUAAAGUGUGUUUUUAAACCUUUUUAUGAUUUUGGAGAACAAUCAUUUUAAGUGUCUAUAAGUAUUGUUCCAAGAAUUGGCACACAUAUGCACACACCCCAAACACUAACUCUGUAGCUCUCAGUUACCAGGCAGGG